ACCUACGAAGCAAGCGGGUCGACUCAUUUCGAGGCUACGUCACAAGGCGCCGUGUGACUCCUGAGAGUUACAGUAUGGCCGAGCAAGCGGCGACAGCAACGAGCAGCGGGGUGGUCCACAGGAUGCUGUCCGUCGUGGGAGCCCAGGGUCUGGUGAGCAGCGCGUGGGGCUACGUGGACAGCACAAUCAAGUGGUGGUGGAUCCCCAACUGGCUGCCGUCAUGGUGUCCCACCUCUCAGAUCCAGCUGCAGACUGCAGAGGACAUGAUGCUGCGGUGUGUAGAAAGACCUUUCUCCAAACAGCAUGUCCCCAUCUCCAACGGCAAUCAGCUGUGGACCCUGACCUUCAGCGGCGACCGCGUCAAAGGCAAAACGCCCUUGGUCCUGCUCCACGGGUUCGGAGGUGGCGUGGGCCUUUGGGCUCAGAACCUGGACGCUCUCUCCCAGCAUUGGCCCGUCUUCGCCGUGGACCUGCUUGGCUUCGGACGGAGCAGCAGGCCCCGGUUCUCCGCGGACGCCCGAGAGGCAGAGGACCAGUUUGUGGAGUCUAUAGAGCAGUGGAGGGCCAAAGUGGGUCUGGAGUCCAUGAUACUGCUGGGCCACAACCUGGGAGGAUUCCUGGCUGUGUCAUACUCUAUCAAAUACCCUGGCAGAGUGAAGCACAUCGUGCUGGUGGAGCCCUGGGGUUUCCCCGAGAACCCGGACACAGCGGAGGCAGACCGCCCCAUCCCGGUGUGGAUCAAAGCCCUCGGGUCCAUGUUCAGUCCCUUCAACCCGCUUGCUGGCCUGAGGCUGGUUGGACCAAUUGGGCCCACCUUGGUCCAGACUCUGAGGCCCGACUUCAAGAAGAAGUUCUCCUCCAUGUUCGAUGACAACACAGUGACUCAGUACAUCUACCACCUGAACGUGCAAAGCCCCAGUGGAGAGACGGCCUUUAAUAAUAUGACCGUUAACUACGGCUGGGCUGUGAGGCCGAUGAUGCAGAGGAUGGACCAGCUUCAGCCCAAUAUCCCCAUCACCAUUAUCUACGGAUCCCGAUCCAGCAUCGACAGCAACUCAGGCAGCACCCUCAAGGAGAUGAGGCCACACUCUCAUGUGGAGAGCAUCACGAUCCGAGGAGCCGGACACUACGUGUACGCUGACCAGCCGGAGGACUUCAACCACAGAGUCCUGAAAGCGUGUGACAAAUUGGACUGAAGCGGAGACGAGCCUCGGUUUCUGAACACUGGAGAAAAGAGGAGCGCCAAAAACAGAAUUCCCUUCAGCAGGAAAUGCAUGAUUCCAUUUCCUCAAAGCAGGAAUAUUCUUUUUUUGUUUUUUUUAUUUAAACCUUUAUUUAACCAGGUGAAUCCCAUUGAGAUUAAAAAUCUCUUUUUCGAGGGUGACCUGGCCAAGACAGGCAGCAGCAUAAUAAACACAUAGUUACAAACCAAAGAAAACACAGAACAAGACAAGUUGAAAGAAACUAAAAGUUAAGAGACAUAACCGAGUUAAUUUAAGAAACAGUGACAUUUUUGGGAACCUGCCUCCAUUUCUUUCAUUUUAUAUUUAAAACCAGUAAGUGGAAUCAGUUCUUUGAUUUUUAAAGUAUUCUGCAACAUAUUCCAGGAUGAGGGUGCAGAGUACACAAAAGCCCUUUUUUCUUUUUUCCCAUCUUCCUCUCUUGUUUUUGGGACAGUGAGCAUCAGGAAGUAUCAGAACUAUAUUGUCGCACACUGUUCUUCAUGAUGAGGACACACAGGUAGUUUGGGAGUAGACCAAGGAUUGCCUUAUAAAUGAAGAUGUACCAAUGACAGCGCCUAUGGGUGGCCAAAGCAGGCCAUCCUACCCAUUCUCCUACUGCAUUCUCUCUACUGUCCACCAGGGGGUGACUCCUUUGGUUGUAUAGAAGCCUAGGCUUCAUGUCUUAAAGCUGCAUUCUCUCUACUGACCACACAAUAAACACAUUAUAUUUAUACAUA